AAUAUUAGAAAACUUUAGAAGCCACAAAAAAAACAUUGAUCUACGAGCUUUCAUUUCCAAACACACAAUUUCAGUAUUUCUAUGUGGUUGCUUUUAAGAUAGAAAAUGGACAACAACUAUUGUCAUCUGAACAAUACAAAAUAAAAGAUCUUUUGACGUACGAAGAAGCAAUGACAUCGAAAGAUUCAAAACCUUACAUUGCUGCUGUAAUAAUGAACGAUACCCAAAGAAACGAAACGCAAUUUACACUUGGUGAUGGUCGAUAUACUAAUGAACCAAUAAAAGUGUCAAAUAAGUCACGACGUUUUUAUAAUGGACCGUUGGAGCCUGGAACGAGCUAUAGAGUUUUUCAAAGAGUCAUUGUUGACAAUGAAGACCAAUAUUCUACAGAAUGGAGUGACGCCUCUGAAACUAGCCGACCUAUAGGAAGACUAACUGUACUAACGAACAUGACAAGCAAUAAUGUUGAAGCAAAAAAAGGUGAAACGGUCAGCUUACUAUGUUCUGCGCAAGGCGAACGCCCACUGACUUUCUCCUGGACAAAAAACAACAAAUCAAUACAAAGUUACGUUGAUAAUCACGCUCACUUUCCAGUUUCAUUCAUUAUCGUGCAUGUCAAGGAUGAAGAUGAUUUCGGCGAAUAUGUUUGUCAUGUACAAACUAAAUUUGCAAGCACUAACUAUUCAAUUGAAAUAAUUCAAGAGGCAAAACCAGAUAAGCCCAAGGAAAACGAGAGAAACUUUUUAGCAGUGUUGAUCGUCUUCGUCAUUUGGCUCGUGGUUUCAUUGGCAAUAAUCUUUUAUAUGAUGUGUUGUCGUCGUAGGAGCUUCUCAAUUCAAGAUCAAAAUGACGGUGUACGUGGAAUGAAGUUAUUCUCGAGAGGUUUCGGGGCAGAGCGCUUGCAUGACGAUUUGUAAUUUACAAGUCAUUUAAGCUCCUGUUAAAAGCAAUCCAACUGUAACUGCGGCUAGACAAGUACUACAGUAACUAUUUAUUCUAAGUCUAUAACAAUGAUUACAACCCAAUCCUAACUAUAUCAUGUAAAGAUGAGGAAAAGACGCCAUCUUGAACGGUGGCAAAAAGCAAAGUACUCAGUGAAAAAUAAGUAAAAAGAAAAUUUAAAAAACUAUAAUUUCAAGCACCAAAGUACAUAGAAGAAGCAUAUUUCAGUCGUACAUAUCGUAAGUUUUGUCACCUUUCAAGAUAGCGGCUAACCUCACUCUAGAAUUUGGCGCAGUAAAGUAUCUAAUAAACUGGGUUCUAGGUCUUUAUAUAACAACAUUGUUGAUUAGCUUGUAACAACAAAGCCUUCUUUUCGUGUUUUUCUUAAUAAUAUAUCGAAUACGUGAUACAAAUAAACUAAAUUUGCAACUAGUAAA